AUGGUGAACCAUCUUGCAGACAUAGCACCAGGACUGUACAGCUGUAAAUUAGAAAGAACACUCAUUAAAGAUUGGAAAACGAGACUGAGCUAUUUCCUGCAGAACUCUUCCAAUUCUACUAAAAUGAAAUCUAAGAAAGUGGGAAAACACCGCACCUACUUCAGACCUUCCCCUGAAGAAGCCCAGCUGUGGUCAGAAGCCUUUGAUGAACUUCUUGCUAAUAAAUAUGGUCUUGCUGCUUUCCGAGCUUUUCUGAAAUCUGAGUUCUGUGAAGAGAACAUUGAGUUCUGGUUGGCCUGUGAGGACUUCAAGAAAACCAAGUCACCCCAGAAGCUGACAUCAAAAGCAAGAAAAAUAUACAACGACUUCAUUGAAAAGGAAGCUCCCAAAGAGAUAAACAUAGACUUCCAAACCAAGAACAUGAUUGCUCAGAACAUUCAAGAAGCCACACACACCUGCUUCAGUGCAGCACAGAAGAGAGUUUACAGCUUAAUGGAGAAUAACUCAUACCCACGAUUUUUGGAGUCUGAAUUCUAUCAGGAGCUGUGCAAGAAGACACCCAUCACCAGAGCUGCCCAGGGGACAUGA